AAUGCAUUUUUCAAAGUCUUGGCAGAGCAAUUUGUCGAACUCCGUAGAGUUCACACAAACUAUUUUAACAUUUUGAAAAAUGUAAUGUGUAAUGCUGUGGAGAAGAAGUUAAGAAAGAAUAUACAUACUGUGCUAGACAGGUGGAUACAAAAGCACUGUUGCACAAAUUAACUGUAGUAUUAUAAAAAAAAAAAACACAUACAACACUUGUUCAUAGAUGGUUAAUUUAUUUUUCUGUAUUUUUCUCCACAGCUGAAUUACAAAGCCAUCAAUUGGGGUCAUUGACCAGAUACUAUAACCUUGGGUUUGUCAGAAAAAAAGUAACCCUAACGGUUGUGAAGUGACUCAUGCCAGUCACACAAGGGUGAAUCUGUGCUAGGAUUUAAAUCUUUGUGAUUUAAUGAUUCUGAGGCUUCUGCUAAUACCACUGGAUAACCCAGGUGCAGUGGAGGUUAAUAAAACCCUGAAUGGAGAGCAACAGUUUGAUAUUAUUGCAUUGUAUUUUACUUUUCAAUCCAUUUGACAGUAUUCCAAGCCUGCUGAAACCAGACAGUGUUUGUGGUGUGAUCCGAUGAACACAGUGAGUGGCAAAAGUAUUCUUUCAGUCUGGGUCUUGAUAAUACAGCCAGGUGCAUAUCCAUAACAGCACUGACAGUCUACUAUAUAAGUUUAAAGGGUUUCAUAGCUUCCUUCUGGCAUGCCCCAAGCAAUAUAUAUAUACACUACCGACACAAGAUAUGGAAACAACAAAUGAUUUACAGAAUGGUAUUUGUCCUCAUUCAGAUCUCUUACUGACUAUAUAUCUUGGCAUCCCUGAAUAGAUAAUAAUCUUCUCUGUAAAAUAUGCAAUAUCACAAGUAAAAUUGUACCCCGAAAUGUUCUCUGUUUUCAAGGAAAGCAGUACAAUUGAGAUGCAGGGUUUGUUGCCGGAUUAUAUAUUUAGCAGGACAAGGAAAGAAACUACUACUUUUUACAGAGCCAGCCUUAGGUGCUAGUUGUUGCAGACAACUUUAUAAGUUAAUCUUUUGCAAAAUUCUAAACUGGAAUACUUAUUGGCAUUCUUUGCAACUUUUAUUUUUGGAACAUAACAUUCAUAAAGCAUUUUUGUCGUUAAAUAAACAGUUUUUAUGUUAAAACAGUUAUGUUUUUCUUCAUCACGCUAGAGCGAAGUCUUCUGGCCAGACGCCCAGUGAGCUCAAAAGCAGACACCUGCAGGGCUGGCCUUUGUCGUCCAGAGGUCGGUUGCUUGCUGACCUCCGUUCUCGAGGUCCUGGGUGUAAAGAGGAAGCUGACGGUCGUGGGAUCGGAGGACGCUCCCUGAACCGUCGGCUUUCCUGAGCUGUGUGGAAUUGCAGCGCGAUAGUCUAGCAUGUCUCCUCCUCUGCUUUGUGUAAGUCUUGCACAAUGAACGGCAGUGGAAAUGGAACGGCCCUGGGAAAUGUCCCCUCUGCGGAGGAUGGCAGCGCCAUCGUGGUCGAGACGAUCCUCAUCCUAGUCAUUGCUGUCCUUGUUUGCCUUGGCAACCUGGUGAUCGUGGUGACGCUGUACAAGAAGCCCUACCUGCUCACACCUAGCAACAAGUUUGUCUUCAGCCUCACACUCUCCAACCUGCUCCUCUCAGUGCUGGUUCUGCCCUUUGUCAUUGCCAGCUCCAUACGCCGUGAAUGGAUCUUCGGCGUGGUGUGGUGCAACUUCACUGCCCUGCUUUACCUGCUUGUCAGCUCAGCCAGCAUGCUCACUUUGGGAGCCAUUGCAAUUGACAGAUACUAUGCUGUGCUCUACCCUAUGGUCUACCCCAUGAAGAUCACUGGAAACCGAGCUGUGGCAUCUAUCCUCUACGUGUGGCUGCAUUCUCUCAUUGGCUGCCUGCCCCCGCUGUUCGGCUGGUCCACCUUCGAGUUCGAUCCAUUCAAGAGGACCUGCACAGCCGCCUGGCAUCGGGAAGUGGGCUACACGGCCUUCUGGAUCACCUGGUGUGGCCUGCUGCCUUUUAUGGCCAUGCUGGUAUGCUACGGCUUCAUCUUCCGGGUGGCGCGGAUCAAAGCCCGCAAGAUCCAUUGCGGGACGGUGGUGAUCACCCAAGAGGAGUCAUUGCAGAAGAACGACCGCAAGAACUCCAGCACAUCUACCUCUUCCAACGGAAGCCGGAAAAGUAUUGUCUACUCAGCCAACCAGUGCAAGUCCUUCUUCACCAUCCUGGUGGUGAUAGGCGCCUUCGCAGUGACCUGGGGACCUUACAUGGCCGUGAUCAGCACUGAAGCCCUGUGGGGGAAGGGCAGUGUUUACCCCAGCUUGGAGACUUUGGUGACCUGGCUCUCAUUCACCAGCGCAGUGUGCCACCCCCUCAUCUAUGGACUCUGGAACAAGACUGUACGCAAGGAGCUGCUGGGGAUGUGCUUCGGGGACCGCUAUUACAGGGAGUCUUUCGUUACUCGCCACAGGACCUCCCGGCUAUUCAGCAUCUCCAAUCGAAUCACAGACUUGGGCUUGUCGCCACACUUGACAGCAAUGCUGGCAGGAGGAGGACAGCUCACAGGACACAGCAGCAGCACUGUGGACUCAGGCACAGAUGUCAUGUUGCUGGAUGACUUCACUUCAGACUGUACACACCAUUCUCAUAACAGUGGCUGGUCACACAAGAGGCGGAGUUCUGUCACGUUUGAGGACCAGGUGGAACAACAUUCCAAAGAAAACUCAAAUUCUUCCAGACUUCAAGUAACAGCAGAGAUCCAUAAAUCACUGGACAGCUAUGCCUCUUGUCUGGCUAAAGCUAUAGAGACAGAUGCCAAAUUAUUUCUGUUUGGGGAUGAAAAAAGCAGUUUGUUUUCUGUCCGGCCUGUGCCAGCGAGCCUAGGCAACACACAGCGAGGACCCAGGUACCUGAAUGGGCAGAGACUGAGGCUGGAGAGCAUUGAUGAAGGAAUAGUACAUGAUGGCAAUGAAGAAGAGGAAGACCUUGAAGAAAUUUGUGCUUAAUUCUCAUUUAGCAGUUUGAGACAGAUACACUGGUCUCUGGAAGCCACCUUUCCAAGAAGCAGUAGCCUCAUCGUCAUUGCUGAACAUUGUAGCAGUUAAUUAUUUGUGGAGGGGAGUGGGGGGGGGGUAAAAAUGAAGAAAACCACUACAAUUGUGGGACCAGAAUGUAUAGGAAAUAUUGUGUGACUGAAUUUUUCAUGCAUUGGUUUUGUUUAUCUUGCUGUUUCUUUACCAGCACCAGUAAGACUGCAAGCCCAUUGGAAGCUUGAUUAUGUUCAUCUUUAUUUUCUGUACAUGUAGCAAACUUACUGUAGAAAGGACUGUGAAACUGUGUACAUCCAGAAUGUACGCGUGUGACCAUCAGCAGACUUUAUAUUCCUUUUGUGGAAAUAUUAUACAUGCAACUUCCUAAAUCAUUGUCAAUAUAUGUUUUUUUUUUUUUUUUUUUUUAAAAGGAGAAUUACAUUUUACACAAAUCCUAAAGGAGUGGUGUUACAAGCUUGAUUUGGGUCCCUAAAACUGCUGAAAUAUAGCAAGCUUUGUGUCUGGAAAAGCAUUCUGAAAUCUUAUAUGGCCUGGAGUUUUGGCAUUACUGGGCAGGAGAAGUUCUGUAUGGGAUGCCAUAUUUGAUGACUCAUAAAUCCCUUCCCUGAUUGGCUAUAUCAGGUACAUGUACUGUAGGAAAGGGCAGUAGAAUCUUAAGUAAUGCAUUAUUAGAAAUUAAGUCCAAAGUAAAUGUCACACUGUUUUGCAUUCAAAAACACAUUAUUCACACCACUUUAUAGUACUGUUCUCCACAGUCCAUGUAAUUUUAUUUCCACAAGACUUGAGUGAUUUAUAUUUAAGGACAUAUAUAAUGGUACUAUGCAGUGGAGUGUAGGACCAAUUUUACAUGUAACUUCUUUAUUGGUAGAACCUGUGAAAAGCAGUCAAAACUGGUUGUGCACUGCCAUUACUUGACUUUAAAUAUGCAGUAUCCAACUUUUAAAAAGGCAGUCCAAAUGUGCAGCAAUAGACACUAUUGCAUUUGUUUAUCAGGAAUAUAUUUUGUUUUACACAACUACCAUUUCACCCAUCAACAUGCUUCUACAAGAAACUACAAAAAGUGAGUUUGCAAUGUGAAUUACAGUUCCUUGUGAAACACCAGUUAUUUGUUCAGUUACUGAAGCACCUAGUAACAUGUUCAGGGAUUCCAUUUACACAGCAAAACAGUGAUGUGAUGGUCAGUGCAUUUACACAAAAGUGUGUGAUGCAUUUUGCUGGCGUUUCCGCUUUUGAAACGGAAAUUGGUUUCAAAGCAUCCAGUUUCAAAGAUGCCGUUUCAUAUGCAUGGAAACAAAACUGGACAAUCUUAAUGUUGCAGUUUGUCCCCAAAUCAGGACAAAAUGUAUACAACAUAGGCUUUCAAUAAUGUACUGGCCAGUUUUGAUUAAAUAUCACCAAAGGAAGUUCCAGUUGCUGGGGCAGAAACUCACUUUCCAAAAAAGGCUUGUGGCUGGCACUCUUAGGGAAGCAGUCCUGUUUAUCUACAUGUUUAUUUCAGGAAGCAAAACAAACUGGGCUGCUCCCUGUAAACAUUAAAAGUGGAUACUGCAGUGUUAAGAAAUAAAUAAAUAAACAAGAGCUGCAAAAGCAGCAUCAGGCUGCAAUUAGGAAAUGUGUUUUUUUGUAUAAUUUUGUAUCUCUAUAUGGUAUUUGUAUGUUAAAUACAUGUAUUAGACCACUGUUCUCCAUUGUAGAAGAAUAUAUAUUGAAUUAUUUUGUAUUAAAAAAAAAAAAAAAUACUGUUAACUAGUGCACACUUGCCUGAAUGAGGGGUUUUGUUGAAUCACUGUAGAUAAAAGGUACUGCAAGGUUUGAUCAAGGAUAGUUAAACUCAAAAUGAAGUCGGACAAUUCAGAUUAAACUGUUCAUAAGUCUUUUUUUCAAUUUGUAAGUGCAAGAGGGUGUUGUAGUGAAGUUACAAAAAUGAAAAGAAGCAACCAGAAAUCAAUACAUUUAAAUAUUUUUGAAGAAUCUUCCCAAAGCCAGAAUCUGCCACAGAAGAACAGCUACCCACUGUUUCUGUUAGGACUGGGUAAGUUUAGCAGCGUUUGUUUAGAAACAGAACAUUAAGUAUCACAGAGCGGGUUGAACUGUCAUCUGGAAGUCUGGGCAGUUUAAAAUAUGCACGUUCCAAGCACAAUUAUUCUUAAAUAAAAAUACGCUCCCUAUAACUGGAGUAAGUUAUUAAGCAGGUUAUAUGCAAUUACUUGUCCUGAGUGCUUUACAAAAAACACACACACACACACACAUAUAUAUAUAUAUAUAUAUAUAUAUAGUUGAUUAUAAGCAUAAGUUGUUAUUGCCAUUUAGUUAGAGAAUUUUUUUUUGUUUUGUUUUAUUUAAUGACAAUAACUGCACUUGCAUGGUGCCAGCUGUUGGCACAAGUGAUGUAUCUAUGCUACAGGCUUGCCUACUGUUUUGCAGUUUCUAUUUUAUCUCCAGCAAUUGAAAUUUGACAACUCGCACCCUGGUACUCAUUAUUAAAAAAUAUUAUUCCAUAUCUAUCAUUAUUUGUUUAUUUAUCAGAUAUGUUUAUCCAAGGCGACUUAGA